AUCACGGGCGCCUAUUUGUUGUCUGCAUUCCGUGGCAGGCGUUUGUCGCGCGUUUGUCUUCUGGCACAGAGAAAGACAUAGCCCUGGUCUGCACACCUGAAAAUGAAGCGCACGCAGACUUCCGGGAUGCCCCUUGAGUCCCCUUCUCCCAUAAAAAAGCCAAGGGUGUCCCCCUCCGACCUCAACGACCUCGCGACGUCUACAUCAAGAAAACUGAACAUUUCGACACCGAAAACAACACCUAAGAAUAAAUCCGCAUCUCAAGCGAUCGCCCCUACGAUGAACAAGUAUCUUUCAAAAGGGACCCCAUCGUCGCAGAAGGUCCCCGCCGUCAGCGAUGUCAUAGACCUUACUGGCCUGUCAGAUAGCGACGACGAAAUCCCUCAGCCCAAGAACAACACGAGACGCAAGCAGGCCAUGGCCAUUGACAUGACGAAGCCGGCACAACCUCCACAGGCUACACGACCUAACACAGUACGCGGCUCAAAGGCGGGCCCAUUAUCGAGGAGGAAGGAGCCGCAUCCUGCUAAAGAUGGUCGCCCCUUGGACGAAGAGAAUAGCACCGCAGUUGUCGUCGACAGCACCUCGCGUCGCACACGCACCGCCGUCCAGCCUAUCGCAGGGCCGUCGCACCGUACCCGUCGAGCCUCAGAUAUCAUCAUGACAGAUGCAGCCCCAGGCGACGAUACGGAAGCAGAAGUCCUAGAGACAGAGAACCUCAAGGUCUACGGGGAGGACUCCGACAGCGAAGACGACGGCGACGAUGACGACGAAGUGCCGAUGCGGGUACUGCGUGACUUUCGCAUCUUCAAGCAGAAUACGCCAAAGGAACCUGUCCCAUUCGACCAGCUAGUGGAUGAACCCGAAGAAGAACUUGCUCAAUACAGCGCAACGGGCCUAGUCGAAGCAUGCGUGGACGAGGACAGCGAUGAAGAGGGUAGUGAUUCAGCCGACUCGGAGUCGAUGCACGAAGCGCCGCAGACUCAGCGCAUCCGUCUAUCCGACAUUCUCGAGGUCGAUGUGCACCACUGUUUUACGAAGAGCUUCGCCGAGCCAGAGCGCCCCGUCGAGUAUCGUUAUAACGAGAAUAUAUAUUUGCUAACGAAGCACGCCUGGUACAAGUUGGACUCGCCGGCGGCCUCUUAUCGCAAGCACUUCCAGGAAUUCGCUAGGCAGCACCGAAUAUUACACACGCUCCUUAGGGAGGCCCAGAAGGAAGCUCGUCUUACGCUUGAAGGCUUUAAAACACUCUUGGAUGAGAUAGAGGACGACGGAGACGCGCCGCAAGUCAGUAGCGAGGAUCUGGACGAUCCAGUCAUUGUGGCGCAUUUUCAAAAAUUCCUCACCAAGUGUGCUCGCGGCCUUCGCGUUCAACGCGUCCCUGUGAUCAAAAAAUUACUCGAGCAGGCGCCAGCGCCUAUGGUUCCGACGGUUCCCGCAGAAGCAGCCUCGAAGACCUACGCGCCGGCUUCAGCGACGAAGAAGACCAAAGUAGCGCCGUCCGCUUCGCAGCCGGUGGCUCGGCGAAGGACCGUCAGCGCUUCGGAGUCCCCUGAACCCCCCGACAGCGACGACAGUGCGCCCAACGUACGGAAGAAGGGCAAGCCCGCCAGGAUGACCGACAUCCACGUCGAGCCCAUUGUCAAGCGCGUCGCGCAGGAAUACAUCGACCGCGAGAUCUCUGUUACAGAGCACACCGCCUCAAACAUCGAGCAAAAGGAUAAGCACGACGCGACGCAGUACCCCAUCCACAACACCGAUCCGCACGAGAUCAAGAAUGGGCGUUUAUUGAUGACGGAUGAACGCGGCCGACGGUUCUUCCAGUCUAUCUACAUGGACCGUGCCAGGUAUUCGGUUGGCGAUUGCGUCGCGAUCGCUCCCGGCGCCGACGAAGACAAGGUCCGCGAGCAGAACGCUGCCUCGAUAGCUUCCCAGUCUCCCAAUCGGCUCGCAAAUGAUUCGUGGUUCGGUAUAAUCCGUGCCAUCCGCAAGGACGAACCGGGCGGAGAGUACCAGGUCCACGUCCAGUGGUUUACUCACGGGUCGAAGAUGAUACUGCAGGAGUUAGCCCACUCGCGAGGUCUAUUCUUGCUGGAACACUGUGAUGAUAUUCUGGCACCGACCAUCAAGCAGAAGGUCGAAGUCGAUUUUGGGGCCCGUGGCGAGGAAAGGGCAGACGAUAAGGCACCCGAUGGACAACAUUACCACUGCGCCCACGUCUUCGACCCGGAAAAGACCUCGUUCACCACCGCACCUUCGGAGAAGGACCUUGCGCAACUCUACGAAGCUUAUCCGGCCGGUAUGCGGUGUCCUUCGUGCUGCUUGAAAGAGCGUGAUACAGAGAGGGAGACGCUGAAAAGCGAUGGCGCAACGUAUUUCUCUCAUUACGACGAGGACUACCAUGUCGGCGAUACUGUGUACCUCGCUCCCGUUCGGCAGUACGACAAUUUCUAUCGCAUUGGGCUGAUCACGGCGAUCAGAGGUAAAGGUCAGACUCUGUCCGUAUCCCUGCAGAUUUUCGCACGGCACUGCCAGCAAACCCAGCUGCCAUCCCACAUUUCAGCGAGUGGCUUGCAAAAUGACAAUCGCUGCCUCAUCAUUGGGGAUAGGGAUGAUGAAGUUGUCAUUGCCACCAUCGGCCAGAAGACGCUAGUCGUCCAUGGCAAGUGCUACGUCAAGGUCCUACAUACACAAUCCGCCGUCGACGAAUGGGUUGAAGAAGACGAUCACUUUUACGUUGGGUAUCGCCUCCGAAACGGGAAGCUCGUACGCCUUGGUCCCUCCCAGUUCCAUGCCUGUGCCGAAUGCAUGAAGCUGCGGGAGGAUGACCUCGCCGACAUCCGCCGUCUACAAGACAGGCACGGCGUGAACGGCAAACUUCGCGGGCUGGAGCUGUUCGCUGGAGGAGGUGGCCUUGGUAAGGGCAUGGAAAUGUCCGGCUUCGUCGAUACGGCUUUGGCUGUUGACUACGAACCUGCCGCGGUGGACACCUACAAGAAGAACCAUCCGUACACUACCGUCCUUUGCGCAGAUUCGAACAAGGUGCUGAAGGCCGUACGAGGCGACAAGUCUGUCAAGGACGAAUACAACCAACCAUUCCCCCCUUUGCCGAAGCCUUGCACUGCCGACAAAUCAAGCUCCAUUGACUUCGUGUUCGGUGGACCGCCAUGCCAAUCUUUCAGCAAGGCUAAUCACUACAAGGAUCCAAACGACAUCAGAUCUUUCCUCCCUCUCAAUAUGCUGAGCUUCGUUGAGGCCUACAAGCCGGACUACUUCCUGCUCGAGAACGUCCGUGGCCUUCUGGACUUCCGUCUGGGGACCACGACUCGAGGUAUGCAAGACGCCAACGAGUGUAUCAAGAACAGUAUGGUCAAGAUCAUCCUACGGACCCUUAUAGCGCUGGGAUAUCAGGCCAGCGUACGAGUUCUGCAGGCGGGCCAGUUUGGUGUCCCUCAGGCGCGUGAACGCGUUAUUUUCCUCGGUGCAAAGCUCGGACUCCCAAUGCCCGUCCAUCCUGUACCGACGCACGCUUUCCCGAAAGUACCUAACACCGCCAACCUUGCUGAUGGCACUACCCUCGUGCCACUUCCGCGAGCCCCUAACGGAGAGAAAGGCUACAUAUACGCGCCUUUGCCACCUGUCACGAUAGAAGAUGCUAUUGGAGAUCUUCCACCCUUCGACUGGGUCAAUCCGCACGAGAUUUUUCCAUCAAGCACCAAGGACAGAAACGAAUGCAAGGCUAGAGAAGAUGCUGGCAUCAAGCAGCUGGUCGCAACCCCGACUUCGACCGGUCUCGUGGGCUUUCCGAGACCGUCGGAAUAUCACUGCCCUCCUCAAAACCGUUAUCAACUUCAGAUGCGGCGCAACUCCCCAGGAGGGGUUCUGAACAUGUACACGCGCACAUACAGAUCGUCUCUCGUCGAACGUGUUGUGACUGUGCCGCUAGAGCCAGACGCUGACUUCCGUCGUCUUCCCGAGAUCUUGCAGCCAGGCGGCCAGCGGGAGAAAAGGAGAGGAAGCUUUGGGCGCUGUGGCCUAAAAGGCUUCUUCGCCACCGUGAUGACCCAACCAAACCCAAGCUCGAAGGGCACUUGGCUGCUGCAUCCUACGCAAAAGCGGACCUACACCGUGCGCGAAUGCGCCAGGUCGCAGUCGUUUCCGGACGACUUUGAGUUCGAUUCGAAGCAUUCAAAAAACCCCGAAACGGCUGUCAAUGACUUCUGUCGUAUCGGCGGGAAUGCUGUACCCAUUGAGCUGGCAAAGAAGUUGGGUCAGAGCAUCGGCGCGGCCCUGGUCAAGCGCUGGCGGGAGGAGGAGCGGCAAGGCAGCCCCGAACUGUAGCCCCGGACCUGGACUGCAAUCUAUAUAUCGUGCUCAUCUAGUGUAAUACCCCUUCUUGUUUGUUGUAUCUCACUUCACUCAUACACCUGUCGAGCCACUUACACGGACACCACGCCAACGAGUCAG